GUACGGUUACGUUGUAAUUAAGUUGUCUCAACUAGUACGAUAAAAUGAGCAAGAACAAUAUAAUAUUAUUUCAAAAGUAUUGUGAAAAUGCAAUUGGAAAGUUAUCGGACGAAUGUAUCGAUGCUUUUAAAGGGACGAAAGAUGACGUAUCAAGAAUAAAGCUCAUGUACGACACGGCGAAGAAGAUUUCUAUAAUAAUACCGGAAGCAAGCGAUAAAGAUAUCAAAGUAGCGGAAAAUAUGAAAAAUGAGGGUAACAAACUUUUCGCUAGGAGGGAUUAUCGUAACGCGUUGAAAUUGUACGACGAAGGAAUUAUAAAGUGUCCUCAAGGAACAGUUAAGGAACGGGAAAUGCUGACUGUUCUAAUAUCCAAUAGGAGCGCGGCACUCUUCGAGUUACACGAAUACAAACGUGUUUUUAACGACAUCGAUUACCUCAUGGAAAUCGGAGAUUACCCCGUAAACUUGAAGUACAAAAUCUGGCUUAGAAAAGGCAAGUGCUACGACGAGUUACUGAAUAAAAACCUAGCUUGUGAAGCAUACAACGAAGCGUUGAAAUGUCUAGACAAGAGCGGGCUCGACGAAAAAAAUAUCGAAAGAAAAAAACACGAAAUAGAACGCUUGAAAGUGACUCAAAGUAAAAGUAAACCCGAACAUCACAACCUCAAGAAAGAUGUAGUCCCAAUAUUGAACGAUGAUAAAUUCAUCGGUGGUCAGGAAUAUAUUGCAGCUACUUCUAAACUAGUUAUAGAACAAGACAAUGUGCAAGGGCGGUACGCCAGGGCGACGGAAGAUAUUCCUGCAGGUGCCAUCAUCGUGGAAGAAAAUCCUUCAUGUUCGGUGGUGGAUGGCGAACACACUUUAAGCAAUUGUCAGUAUUGUUUAACUUCAGUCGAUCAGCCGAUCGCUUGUCCGGGAUGUGCCGUGGUAGUUUUUUGCAGCACACAUUGCGAAAAGAUGGCGAAUAAAUCGUUCCACGGUGUAGAAUGUGGCUUUCAAAAGUUGCUGUUUGAUUGCGAUGCGUCUGUCAAUUGUUUAAUGGCGAUGCGGUUAAUUAGCCAAAGGCCGAUAAAAUUCUUCAGAGAUAAGAAAAACAAACUAAAGGACUAUUUGAAUGAUUCUUGCAAGAAAAAUUUUUGCAGGAAGAAAACAUAUAGAUCAGAUGAUUACGAUAAUGUGUUCUUUUUGUGUCGUCAUGAACAUCUGAGGAAGAAAGAAGAGCUAAUCCAUUACGCCUGCAUAUCAAUAUACCUCCUAAGGGUUCUCAAAUACGCAAAAUAUUUCGGUGAUUACAACGAAAACGUUCUAACCGAUGACGAAUUAUUUAUUGGAAGUUUAAUUCUGCGCCAUCUGCAAUUACUUCAGUUUAAUGCGCAUGAAAUUUCUGAACUCAGUAAUACAGAUGGAGACCCAACCAAAGAUAUAAUGAAAAAUGGGUUUGAAAAUAUUGCCGUAGGUGCUGGCUUGUAUCCUACGCUAUCACUCUUUAACCAUUCAUGUGACCCAAGUAUUGUACGAUACAACAUAAAGAACAAAAUGGUGGUAAGAGCCAUUAAACCAAUAAAAGCUGACGAUAUAAUUUAUGAAAAUUAUGGACCAUUAUAUAUGACGCAUCCAAUUGAGAAGCGACAGGAAGAACUUCAGAAAAACUAUUGGUUCGAAUGCCUGUGCCAACCGUGCGUGGAACUUUGGCCCCUUUUCAGCGAAAUGGAUGCAGAUGUACUUAGAAUCCCUUGCAAAACUAAGGGCUGUCCGUUCGUUUUUCUCUUAAGCCCCGAGGAUGAUCCGGUCUUAUGUUGCGAUUAUUGUAACAGUUUCACCAAUAUUUAUCCACAUCUCAAGGCGCUAAUGACUUUGGAACAAAUAUUACCCGAAGCUGAACAUUUAUUAAGUACCGGCCAAAUAAAAAACGCCACUGGAAGAUUUGUUCAGGCGCUUGAAUUAUUAUUUAAGUACUCAAGAGCACCACAUCCCGACAUAGUUAAGGUUCAACAACGCCUAAGAAUGUGUUUGCUGCAUUAUGGAAAUAGAUCCUGCAAUUAUAAGCCACCAUUUGCUUCGUUUCCCUAGAAU